AUGGCCAGUGUGUGCCUGGCGCUGCUGCUUGGCGUGGCGGUAUGGUUUGGCAGUCGCAUUCUGGAGGCCUGGCGAGCGGGCACCGUGUGGGGCUUCAGGCGCAAGUACCUCCUCGUCACGACGGGGGCGGAGAUCCUGAUCCAGCUCAUCAACCUGGCAGCUUUCCUGGCGAUGAACGUGUACAGCUACGUGCAGUGGUUUUGA